GCGGGCGCCGCUGGUAGUUGUCAGUGUGGUGAGACCCAGGUAAAGUUGGCUGCGCGGAGGCGGCGGCGGCUCCGAGUUCUACCUUGUAAAUACUGUUAUUUGUAUAUACUGUAAAUGAUGACAUCGGUGGGCACUAACCGAGCCCGGGGGAACUGGGAGCAGACACAGACACAGAGCCAGACACAGCACAAGCAGCGGCCGCAGGCCACUGCGGAACAGAUUCGACUUGCACAGAUGAUUUCGGACCACAACGACGCUGACUUUGAGGAGAAGGUGAAACAACUGAUCGACAUCACAGGCAAGAACCAGGACGAGUGUGUGAUUGCUCUGCAUGACUGCAAUGGGGAUGUUAACAGAGCCAUCAACGUGCUGCUGGAGGGCAAUCCGGACACGGUAGGAUUGGGUCCUGUAAAUCUGCAUUCCUGGGAAAUGGUCGGGAAGAAGAAGGGUGUCUCAGGACAGAAGGAGAGUGGACAGGCAGAACCCAGUGAAGAAAGCAAAGAAAACCGGGAGAGGGAUCGGGAUUUCAGCAGACGACGUGGCGGGCCACCGAGGCGGGGGCGAGGUGCCAGCCGUGGAAGAGAGUUUCGGGGCCAGGAGAAUGGACUAGACGGUGGUAAGACUGGAGGAUCUUCUGGAAGAGGCACAGAAAGAGGGAGGCGAGGACGUGGCCGAGGCCGAGGUGGCUCUGGACGACGAGGGGGAAGAUUUUCUGCCCAAGGCAUGGGAACUUUCAACCCGGCUGACUAUGCUGAGCCGGCCGGCACGGAUGAGAACUAUGGGAAUAGCAACAACAACACGUGGAACAACACUGGCAGCUUUGAGCCGGAUGAUGGCACAAGACUUGAUUUCAUUGGGGGUGAGGGGUCAAAUUAUCCCCGAAAAUUUGACACUGCUCCUGGUACGAUACAUCCAGGUGCGUGGAGGGCAGCGACAGAAGAAUGGGGCACGGAGGACUGGAAUGAAGAUCUGUCUGAGACAAAGAUCUUCACCGCCUCCAACGUGUCUUCAGUGCCUCUGCCUGCCGAGAAUGUGACAAUCACAGCUGGACAGAGGAUCGAUCUUGCAGUCCUGCUAGGAAAGACACCCUCUUCUAUGGAGAAUGAGUCAACAAACCUGGAGUCAUCCCAGGCUCCUUCCCUGGCCCAGCCGCUGGUGUUCAGCAAUUCCAAGCAGAGUGCUAUAUCCCAGCCCGCCUCUGGUAACUCCUUCUCUCACCACAGCAUGGUGAGCAUGCUGGGGAAAGGGUUUGGAGAUGUCGGGGAGGCCAAAGGCAGCAGUACCACAGGUUCUCAGUUCCUGGAGCAGUUCAAGACAGCCCAGGCUCUGGCUCAGCUGGCUGCUCAGCACACCCAGCCUGCUGGGAGCACCACUGCUGCUUCCUGGGACAUGCGAUCCACUACGCAGACCUCGUCUCUUGUGCAGUACGAUCUCAAGAACCCAACAGACUCUUCCGUGCAUAGUCCCUUCACCAAGCGUCAGGCCUUCACAUCAACUUCAACCAUGAUAGAAGUGUUUAUGCAGGAGAAACAGACUGUGGUGACUGCCUCCGCGACUGUGCCGGCACCCCCUUCCUCGCCGCUGCCCAGCAAAACCAAUCCUGUUCCCCAGAUGUCCCCAGGGUCCUCGGACAACCAGUCCUCCAGUCCCCAGCCAGCGCAGCAGAAGCUGAAGCAGCAGAAGAAAAAAGCAUCGUUAACAUCAAAGAUUCCUGCGCUUGCGGUGGAAAUGCCUGGCUCGGCGGAUAUCUCAGGGCUAAACCUGCAGUUUGGGGCAUUACAGUUUGGUUCGGAGCCUGUUCUUGCGGAGUACGAAUCGACGCCCACAACAAGCGCCGCCGUUAGCCAAUCUCAAAGCAGCCUGUACACCAGCACGGCUAGUGAAUCUUCAUCCACAAUUUCGUCCAAUCAAAGCCAAGAGUCUGGUUACCAGAGCGGCACAAUACAGACAGCAACAUUUACCUCCCAGAACAGUGCUCAGGGACCACUGUAUGAACAGAGAUCCACCCAGACGAGGCGAUACCCAAAUUCAAUCUCCUCCUCGCCCCAGAAAGAUCUGACCCAGGCCAAGAAUGGUUUCAGUUCUGUACAACCCACGCCAUUACAAACCACACAGGCCGUUGAAGGUGCUACAGGCCCCGCAGUGAAAUCUGAUUCCCCCUCUGCUCCCAGUAUCACGCCUCUCAAUGAUGGGGUGUCUGCAUCAUCCUUGCUGACGACAGCCAGCCAGCACUCAACAGCUCUGAGCAGCCUGAGCCACAGUGAGGAAAUCCCCAGUACGACCACCACCCAGCUCAGCAGCACGCUACCCACCCAGCAGAACAGUCUGUCCUCAUCCACGUCCUCUGGGCGAACGUCAACGUCAACUCUUCUGCACACAAGUGUGGAGAGUGAAGCAAGCCUCCAUUCUUCUGCUAGCACUUUCUCCACCUCCUCCAGCACAGUGUCAGCUGCCCCGCCGGUCGUAAGCGUUUCAUCCAGUCUCAGCAGCGUCAGCAGCCUGGGCCUCAGCCUCAGUAGUAACUCCACGGUGACGGCCUCCACUCGCAGCUCCGUUGCAACAACAUCAGGAAAAGCCCCUCCCAAUCUCCCUCCUGGAGUCCCACCGUUGUUGCCUAAUCCAUACAUCAUGGCUCCAGGGCUGCUACAUGCCUAUCCGCCACAGGUGUAUGGAUAUGAUGACUUGCAAAUGCUCCAGACGAGAUUUCCAUUGGAUUACUACAGCAUCCCAUUCCCUACACCCACCACCCCGCUGACUGGAAGAGAUGGUAGCCUGAGCAGCAAUCCGUACUCUGGUGACUUAACAAAAUUUGGCCGAGGUGAUGCCUCUUCCCCUGCUCCUGCAACGACUUUGGCCCAGCCUCAGCAGAGCCAGACCCAGACUCACCACACCACGCAGCAGACGUUCCUGAACCCAGCGCUGCCUCCUGGCUACAGUUACACCAGUCUGCCGUACUACACAGGGGUACCAGGGCUCCCCAGCACCUUCCAAUACGGGCCCGCCGUGUUCCCUGUUGCUCCUACCUCUUCCAAGCAGCACGGUGUGAAUGUCAGCGUCAACGCAUCAGCAACCCCUUUUCAGCAGCCCAGUGGCUAUGGCUCCCAUGGAUACAGCACUGGUGUAUCUGUGACAUCCAGUAAUACAGGAGUGCCGGACAUCUCGGGCUCUGUCUACUCCAAAACUCAGCAAUCCUUCGAGAAGCAGGGAUUUCACACUGGAACCCCGGCAGCCUCCUUCAACCUGCCUUCAGCGCUGGGCAGCGGCGGCCCCAUCAACCCUGCGACGGCGGCGGCGUACCCCCCCACCCCUUUCAUGCACAUCCUGACCCCGCAUCAGCAGCCCCACUCGCAGAUCCUCCACCACCACCUGCAGCAGGACGGGCAGGUACUGCAACAGCUUCCAUAUUUGCAGAUGAUACUGUGCUGCCAACGCCAGCAGGAAGACCAGAGCGGCUCCGGGCAGCGCAGCCAAGGCAGCUCCAUCCCCCAGAAAUCCCAGGCCAACAAGUCUGCCUACAACAGCUACAGCUGGGGCGCCAACUGAGCCCGGGGCGGCCCUCGCCCACCACUUGCUUCCAGAAGAGAAUCCCAACGAACCCAACGCCGAAGGAUCCUGGGGAGGAGAGCGUCCUGCCGCGGGGCAGCGCCCGGGCCCCGCAGCCCCCGGGCAGGGCAGGCCGGCGGGCAGCUCUGCGUUGUCCGUCUUCAGCCACCUUUCCUGUUGUAUGUAAUAUAGAAUUUGUAUUUUUUUCUUUUUCUUUUUUUUUUUUUUUUUUUUUCUCUUUCUCUCUCUCUCUCUCUCUCUCUCUCUGCAUUCAGAUUCUGAACCGUUUGCCGUAGGGGCCUUUUUUGGUUUUUACUCCUUUCUCCCCUCUCCCCCCACCUCCUGCUGCCCCAGAACCUCUCGGAUCCAAAGGAGUGGAAGCUGCGAGUCGCCUACAGCAAACCCCCUUAUUAUUAGGAAUAAGAACAGUAAUUGAUAUGAACAGCAUUGUAAGAUUAAUUAGUUGAAGUGUUUUUUUGUACCGUGUUCUAAAUUUAAUGGAUAAAUGUGUCUUGUAUAUAAAAACAAAAACCCCACGCCGUCCUGUAGUUCUCUCUUUUCCUCGCCCACCCUCCACUGCUCUCUGCCACCGCCCUGGAGGGCACCCCCCCCUUAUUUUACGUUCUCCAUCUGCGUCCCCUCCCUCCCCCCCCAGGCCCCGAGUGCAGGUCCUGCCCCCUCCUUGCACGCUGUAAGUAUCUUCUGCUUUUGGUUUUGUUUUGGUUUGGUUUUUUUUUUUUUGUCAUUUAUUUUUUUUCUAUGCAGUCCAAAUCUUGUAUUUUUCAGUUCAAACUGGUCACUUCAACUGAAGCCCCGCUGCGGGUGAUUUACUAAAGAGAAUAAAGAUCACAAAGUGA